UUUGAACUGAAAGGCGCUUACAAUAAACUCAGGGUCAAUGCAACGCUUAGAUGAUACUGAAUUAUCAAAGCCUCCAUCGGAAGUUUUAGAAAUCAUUUGCAAAUUAGGAAAAGGUUCUUAUGGUAGCGUUUACAAAGCCAGAUAUAAAGCGAAUGGUGGGAUAGUUGCUGUAAAGAAGGUGCCUGUUGACAGUGACUUAGCCGAUAUAGUAAAAGAAAUAUCAAUUAUGCAGCAAUGUGAUAGCCCAUUCAUUGUAAAAUGCUAUGGUAGUUUAUUUGAUAGUCAAGAUUUAUGGAUAUGUAUGGAAUAUUGUGGUGCUGGUUCAAUAGCUGAUAUUAUGCGUUUAAGAGGUAAAGCCAUUGGUGAAGAAGAAAUUGCUACUGUAUUACAUUACAGUUUAUGCGGUUUAGAUUAUUUACAUCAGAUGCGAAAAAUUCAUCGAGAUAUCAAAGCGGGUAAUAUACUACUACUCAAUUCGGGUGCUGCUAAAUUAGCCGAUUUCGGUGUGGCAGGUCAAUUGUCUGAUACUCUGGCCAAACGAAAUACCGUCAUCGGAACACCUUAUUGGAUGGCUCCUGAAGUUAUUCAAGAGAUUGGUUAUAAUUGCUCUGCAGACAUUUGGUCAUUAGGUAUAACUGCUAUUGAAAUGGCCGAUGGUAAACCUCCAUUAGCUGAUAUUCAUCCUAUGCGUGCACUGUUUAUGAUCCCGAGUCAGCCUGCUCCAGCUUUACGUAAACCUAGCAAUUGGUCAUUGGAAUUUCGUGCAUUUAUUGCAGCAUGUUUGGCGAAAUCACCUGAAGCGCGUCCUACGGCAGCAGCUUUACUACAAACUGAAUUUAUCCGUAAUGCAAAACCUUGUUCAAUAUUAUUACAACUAAUUAAUGAAGCCAACGAAGCGAGAGAAAGACGUCUUCUACAACAACAACAACAACAACAACAACAACAACAAACAUCUACACCUGAUACACCGAUUUCCGAUGUUAAACGACGUCAUUCAGUAAUGAAUAAAAUUGAUGAAAAUCAAGUUAAAUCUAAACAAAAUCAAUUAUCUCAAGAUGAUGUUGAUGAUAAUUUACAUACAAUGGUUCGUUCAAAUUCAACAUCUAGUCGAACUGCGAAUAAUAAUAUUAAUUGUAAUAAUAAUAAUGAAUCUGGUUUGGAUAUUGAUGGUGCGGCAACUUUAGUUUCAUUAUGCUCAAACGAAGAUCGCACAAAUCAUCAUAAUGACGGUGAUGAUGAUGAUGACGAUGAUGACAAUGGUAGUUUUAUACGUCAUCACGAUGAUGAAACAAAUGUCAAUAAUGCCUAUAUAUCUUCCGGUAAUCUUGAUACAAUGGUUGUCAAUGAUGGCGGGGAAAGUGAAGAAGAUAGUGGUUCUGUCGUGGUACAUGAUACAACUGGUGGUUCGUCAGAUGGACUAGAUGAUGCAGAACGCGAUCAACGUGAAGCUUUCGAAUUACUAGACGCUGCUCUUCCGCCGGCUGUGCCUACUGAAGGUACACUAACUAGGAGAAUUGAUAAGGCCGUAAAAAUGGUAAAUAAUAUCGGUUGUGAACAACAAUCAAAUGAUAUAAAUAAUAAUAUGAAUAUAGGCGGUGGUAUUGGUCAUGCUCCACCAUUUAUUCAAAGACCAUUUGCACCAUUUUCUCGUGCUAUUCAACAAUCUGGUCUUUAUACAAAUGGAUUAACUAAUGAACCAAGUUCUUUAAGUCGUUUAUCUUAUACAGAAUUAGAACAAUUACUUAUAUCAUUAACAAAUGAUUUAGAAACAGAAUUAAGAAAUUUAGCUGUUCGUUAUCGUCAUAAACGUCAACCAUUAUUAGAUGCAAUUGCAGAGAAAACAGCACAAGCAUCAAUAAAAACAACCAAUACUAUAAAUAAUGAUAUAACAUCAAAAUCUAAUCCAAUUACUCAAUAUUAAUUCAUUGUUUACUUAAUUCAUUUCAUUAUUAUCUAUUUAAGUUUUAUUGCAUGGUAACCAUUGAUAGAUAACCCCUAUCAUCAUUGAUUUCAAAUAUAUUUUACCCUCUUUCUUUCUUUUUUCUCUUUGUUGUUUACUUAUGAUUAUCUAUCGUUUAUUCCUGUUUUUGUCCUUUAAUGAAUUUGUGUUCAUUUAUGAACGAUUAAUAGAAGAUAGGAAAUGUGUUAUUUCUUAGUUAAUUAAUUUUUAUCAUCAUUAUCAUCUCAUGCUUAGUUUAUAUUUGUUUUCUAUUGACAACUGUAUAUUAAUCUUGUAUAUUUACAUGAAUAUAUAUAUACAUACUUCAAUAAAUGGCAUUUUAUUCA